GAUGGAAACAGGAGCUGAUGGAGAGGACUGUGGAGGACCAGAACCAGAGAGGGACUCAGAUCCAGAGAGACGUUUAUAUCCAGAGAUUGAGGUCCGGAUUGAAGACUCUUCUGAACCUGAAACUGAAGAUGGUGAUGAUUGGAAAGAGACCAGAGAACAUCAGUCAGGUUUAAAGUCUGUGCUAAACAUUAAAGAUAAGAGAAUGAAGACUGAGAGGAAAUCAAAUAGCUGUCAUCAGUGUGGUAAAACAUUUGAAAGGAAAGGUAAUCUAGCUGACCACAUGAGAAUACACAGUGGAGAGAAACCCUUCAGCUGUUCUCUGUGCAGUAAAAGAUUUGCCCGAAAAGCAAAUUUGACCAAACACAUGAGAAUUCACUCAGGAGAGAAACCAUUCAGCUGCUCUGAGUGCGGUAAAGGAUUUAACGAUAAAACGAAUAUGACCCGACACAUGAUAAUUCAUACAGGAGAAAAACUCUUUAAGUGCAGUGUUUGUGAUCAAAGAUUCUCUUGGUGUACUCAGUUAAAAAGACACAAGUGUGUUGGCUGUUCUGCUUCAGAGCCUCAUGAGAACCAAACUGAGCUAAACAGAGAGGCAGAAACAGGAGCUGAUGGAGAGGAAGAACAAGAGGGAGCCAGGAAUUCUGAUCUAGAGAUUGAGGUCAAGACUGAAGACUUGUCUGAACAUGAAACUGAUGACAAUGAUGAUUUAAAGGAGACCAGAGAACAUCAGUCAGGUUCAAACUCUCUGGAAAGCAUUAAAGAUAAGAGAUCAAAGACACAUAGGUGCUCUGAGUGUGGUAAAACGUUCAAAAAUAUAGGACAUCUGAAUGAACAUAUGAGAACCCACACGGGAGAGAAACCGUUCAGCUGCUCUGAGUGCAGUAAAAGAUUUAGUCAUAAGGCAGACAUGACCAGACAUAGGAAAAUUCAUACAGGAGAGAAACCUUUUAGCUGCUCCGAAUGUGGUAAAACAUUUCACCAGAAGUCUCAUCUGACACUCCACAUGGCUCAUCACAGAGGGGAGAAACCCUUCAGCUGCGCUGUUUGUGACAAGAGAUUCAUUUGGACCUUUCAGUUAAAAAAACACAAGUGUGUUGGUGGUAAUUUCUCUGAGCCUCAUGAGAACCAAACUGAGGAUAAAAGAGUCGCAGAAACAGGAGCUGAUAGAGAGGAAGAGGAAGGACUAGAAGGAGGCAGGAACUCUGAUCCAGAGAGACAUUUACAUCCAGAGAUUGAGGUCAAGAUUGAAGACUCUUCUGAACCUGAGACUGAAGACUUUAAUGUUGAUUGGAAGGAGACCAGAGAACAUGAGUCAGGUUUAAACUCUGUGGAAAACAUGGAAGAUAAGAUCAUACAGAUACAUAGCUGCUCUGAGUGUGGCAAAACAUACAAGAAGAAACAGUGUUUGAUCAAACACAUAAAAAAUCACUUCGAACAGAAACGCUACAGCUGCUCCGACUGUGGAAAUAGGUUCACAUGUAAAAAAUCUCUGACCAGACACAUGAUAAUACAUUCAGAUGAGAAACCGUUCACUUGCUCUGUGUGCGGUAAAAGAUUCAACAAUAAAGCCAAUAUGACCAGACACAAUAGAAUUCACACAGGAGAGAAACCAUUCAGCUGCUCUGAAUGUGAUAAAUCCUUUCAACUAAAGUAUCAUCUGACACUCCACAUGGCUCAUCACAGAGGGGAGAAACCCUUCAGCUGCAGCGUUUGUGACCAAAGAUUCUCUUGGCCUUUCCAGUUACAGAGACACACUCGUGUUGGCUGUCCUUCUUCAGAGACUCAUGAGAACCAAACUGAGCUAAACAGAGAAGCAGAAACAGGAGAGGACUGUGGAGGACCAGAACAAGCCAGGAACUCAGAUCCAGAGAGACGUUUACAAACACAGACUGAUGUCAAGACUGAAGACUCUUCUGAACCUGAGGGAGAUGAUUGGAGAGACCAGAGAACAUCAUCUAAAAUCUGAAGACUUUGAUGAGAUGUAAUUCGGUUGAGAAACUACUCUGCUGCUCUUGUAGUUUCACAAUUACCUUCACGAGGGAGGUACACAGAAACUCUCACAGGAGAGGAAACUUAACUGUUGUGAGAACAAAAGAUAACAUUUAUAAAACACUCUCUUACACCGUCAGUGUCAAAAGUGAUUUAGUCUUUUAGAUUUCAGGACCUUUGGAUAAUUCUUCUAAUUCAAUGUGUUGGUUUAUAUGGAUUCAUUUCUGAACGUUUAAGAAUUCAUCAGUUGUCAUUUCUCUGUGCUGAUAACAUGGAACAAUAAAUGUGAACUUAAUGUA